AUGUGCGAGGCGUGGUGCAAAGGUGGACCCGCCUCCACCUGGCCUGAGGCGCCUGCGCUAUUCUUUGCACGAGUCGCAGAUGCGCCGCCGGUGAGCUUGCUCACCCUGUGCAGCCCCUGCGCCAUCGCCGUUGGUGGGGACACGCACGCCACGUCACAGAAGGUCCUUGAACGCUGCCACCACACACCAGUGAUCCGCUACCGCACUGCUGCCUACGUCAACGCAGUCCGCGAGUACAAGCUGCUACUAGAGCUGAUGGCACGCAAGGUGGUUCGCUCCUGUGAGCGUAUGCAGUCGAUCCAGUCGUCUGUGGCGCGACAGAGGCAGGAGCAGCAGCGGUUGCACGCCUACGGUGCAGCAGAGGAGCGACAGAGCUACCUGAACCCCUUCAUGGACGCUGCUCGCAUGCCUCUCACGUCCCUCUCGCCAUCGAUACAGGAGAAGGUGCUGAGUCAACUGCUGGAGGCACUGGAGGAUUUACUGCAGCGGGACGGGCGCGCCGUGCGUCUCGCGGCGGCUGAGACAUGUCUGCAACAGGAGAGGUCACCGCUGCCGUUUUCCGAAGUAAUGGCGCCGCGAGAGCGCCACGUGCUGCUCGAAGAGCUGGCGCACGUGGAACGGCAACUGAUGAGCGUGAGGUCUUCAGCGAUGUCAGCGGUGAGCAUGCCAGCGAAGCCUGAAGUCUCGCCACGGUCACUGCGGGAGAGACACCUGUAUGAUGUCCCGUCUACGAGCCCAUCAAACAUGCAUGGGAUGUCAGAUGCCGACGAUGGGUGUGUGGUGUACUCGCCUCGCUCUCCCGUGCAGCCACACUGGUCGCCUCUGAGGUUGUCGGUGUCUCCAUCCGCCCGCGUUGUGGAGGAGGCCGCGGAUCGCUUGGCUGCUGUGGCUGACCCCCGCCGGUGGUUAUACCAUCAUCAUGAUCGGCUGCCCGGGAGCUUGCACGCUGCAUCAGUGAGGGCCCAUCGUGAUACAUCCUGCCGAGCACCGCACCGGUCACGGAGCAGGGAGUGGUCGCCACCGGAACUGACGUCGCCGCAGCGCAGAACACGCGGCAAGUACGAUGACAGAACCUCCAAUACGGCUGGCCGUAAAGAUGGUGAUAACAGCGUCUUUGGAAGCCACACCAGAGCAAGCGACGGCAUCGCCGUGCUCGGCACUCGAGCGCCUGCAGCAACGACGGCAGCAGUGCUACUUCCCUUCUCUCCUGCACCUCGACAUGCGCGAAGCACUAGCGGCAAUCAUCAUCGUGAAGUUGGCAGUGCUUCUCGAGCAGACGACGGAAGCGGUGCGGAAGACACAAGGCUGUCCCGUCAGGAUGAGACAAGUCGCCGCGCUGCCGCUCCUGUGGUGCAGUCUCGACCUCCACUGGAUCAAGACGGCCGCCGUUCGAUAUCGGCUGUGAUCGAAACAGCCAUAUGGGAGGCAUACCGUCGACCCCCACCCAUGGAGGGCGAGUCUCAGGAGCCCACGACUCACAAGAGCGGGGAGGCCGGAGCAGGGGAUGACAAUGAUAGGCAUCGCCGACAUGGUGCCGCUGCAGCCGGCACCAGGAACCCCAACAGAGACUCGGAUCUACAGCUUUGGGACUACUUCGCCGGCCGACUAUCCACGACGCCGCAACUGCGCGUCGGUGGCGGUGGUGAUGGUGGCCGCGGAACCUCACCCUCGACGUCUCCGUCAGUACACUCACACCCGCUGGCGCGCGAAGGCCGUGGGCCAGUGUCGCCACGGCAGCGGAGCGACGCGACAUCACAAACGCGAGUCGAAGCUGUGGUAGCGGGUGGUUUUGAAGGUCAACUGGGCGACCUCAGCAGCGACGACACUGCUGCGCUUCAGCGUCGCGUCCUCCACGAGCAGCAGCUGCGACGGGAGGCCAAGGAGGCUAUGCUCGCCGCACAGGCCCAGAUCGCUGCACUGGAGAUGACCACAAACGACAUGGCAGAGACGCUACUGACUCACCGCCUCGCUGUGACGUUCCGCGCGCAUCUGGAGGGGAUGGAGAUGCUGGUGGGGCGCUGGACGCGGCUGGCACAGAAUUUCUGCCUGCAGAAGAGUCUUCUGUUUGCCGAGGAGGCGUCGGUGGUGGUGCGGCAGUUGCUCCGCGUGAGGUUUGGUGUGGCAUUGCUGUGGUCGCCGCGGACACAGCAGCAGCAGCUGCAGUUAGGCCGGCGCCUGACUUCACCGUACAUCGAAGCCUCCACAUCGUAUGACGAGCGAGAGGAGGAGCUGUGGGUUAAUCGAGGGGAAGAGACUAGCGACACCGGGCAGGACGGCAGCUUCUCUAGCAGGUCUGACGAGAGCCACCGCAAUGGUGCUGCUACGGUGGCCAACCACCCGCUGAGGUCGACUGGGGGAGAGAAGGGGGUGCACCAUCAUCAUGACCGCCAUACCGAUCAUCUUUCAACGCGCUCUUCGCCAGAGCGGCAACCCUUGCAGAAGUCGCCACCAAGCAUCACACCGACCUCCCUGUCGUUUUCCUUCCCGACAAAUCUCCAGCUGCGGCCGCUGUCGUUGCGCUUGUGA